UUAAUUGAGUUUUUUUGGUGCAGAGGAGAAAAUAAAAACAUUGAAAAAUCAGCAAAUUCUUAAAUGAAUCAUCAGACCAUCAGUUGAGUUUUCCUACUCGCAGUACUGAUGAUGGCCAUCAAUCAGCUCAUGGAGAUAAACAGUCAUUCAACUGCAAAAUGAAUUACAAAUCCAGCAGUGAUGCAGUCUGUGAGAGCACUGAGGACAUUCUUUGUCACUGAUGAGAUUAUUGUCCAACUGCUGUUCUCCCUGUGAGCGUUUACCUCACCUGACAUUAUCACAGCUAGCUAUAGUGGGUCUGUUUGGUCUGAAAACACGUUGAUUUAACUGUGUAUUUUUAAGACAUGUUAGACUCAAAUUACUAGUUUCUCAUGUGUUAUUACAGAAGGUCUUUAUAUCUUUACACAAACAUAGAAUCUAAAUAUGCAAUCGUCCUCUGGCAUCUUGAACCACAGACAGGUUGAAUUCUGCUGUUAUCACACUACUGAUGUCUCCUUGCCAUUGGCUUGCACUUCUGCCCUCUCCCUCUUAAAAGAAGGGCUGAUCCGUGCUUAGACUGCUGUGUUGAUUUGGAUACCUGUCACAUAACUAUUCCAUUUUUCUGUGAGGUAUGAUGGAUCUGCAGCCCGCUGAAGUUUGGUAUGUACUGAAUAAUCAGUGUCUAACCAUUUUAUAUCACCUAUUAGUAUAAACCUUCCAUGGUUCUGCGUGCUUUUAAAAGUUCUAUUGUAACAACUGAAUGGAAUUCUAAUACAGGUCUAUGGGGAUGUUUAAAGACAACAUGCAGAAGUGAUCCUCCACCCUGAAAACAUGAGAAAAGUCAACACAAUAAGGUGUCAUGCAGGAAUGUGUGAACAAGAUGCCAGAUUAUUAUUAUUAUUGUUGUUGUUGUUGUUGUUGUCGUCGUCAGUAAACAGCUAUCAUAAGACCUAAAAACGUAUUAUUAGCCAUUUGAAGUACAUUUCUGGAUGACAACAAAAAAACUGAUUAUUAUACAAGAGGAUUACAAAAACAAGAUCAAAAUAAUAACUAAGACAAUAGUAAAUUAAAAUAAUACACUUUGUGCAUAUGCUUUAUUUAGCCAAAAGUGUCAGACGUCUUAUUUUGAACAUGUCUGAUAGAGGUGUUGUGUAAUGAAAGCUGCUGGUGGUCUGGUGGCACAGGUCACAGAGGUCAUUAGUGACGCUCCGUCUUCUUCGUCUUGUUUAGACAGUCCAGCUGCCGCUACUCUGACAAACGAUCCAAUGAAAUGCUCCAGAGCUCAGGUGGAAAAGUCAGACAGCGCUUGUUUUUAACUCCGGGACGCUCCGGAUUUAACAUACGGGGUUUAGCCAUGGCACUGAAGUACGGCGACAGUAGACUCCGCCCGCACGGGAUAUAUUUGGCACACUUUGGGCACGCUUACGAGUGAACCCACAAGUUAAAGUUGAAAAAACGCAUUGUGUCGAGCUCCGCCAUUGGCUGCUGGCACACAGCGUAUUUUUUUUUUCAAUGGGCCGCCAUAUUAGGAAGCCAACCCCUCUCCGGUUCGGUUCAGAAAGGCAGGAGCACCAGGAGAGUUUGAGGGAAGUACUGCGUGCUGCUGAGCGCUUCAGUCCAAACCGUUAUAUCUGCAGAGCGCUGUCCGGCUGUGCUCCGUUCACGGUCUCUCAUACGGGUUAUUCAGCUUCUCCUCCACAAUGGCGACCGCAACUCCGACCGGCCAGCGAAGCACGUGCGGCAGCGGCACACCGCUGAGCCCGACCAGGAUAUCCAGACUGCAGGAGAAGCAGCAGCUCAGGGACCUCAACGACCGCCUGGCCGUUUACAUCGACAAAGUCCGCAGCCUGGAGUCUGAGAACGACGUCCUCCACCUGCAAAUCAACGAGAAGGAAGAAGUGAGGAGCCGGGAGGUGACCGGACUCAAAGCCCUCUACGAGACCGAGCUCGCCGACGCCAGGAGGUGUUUGGAUGACUCCUCCAAGGAGCGGGCCUGGCUGCAGAUCGAGCUGGGAAAGAUCAAAGCCGAGCACGAGCAGCUCCAGCACAACUACAGCAGAAAAGAUUCUGAGGCGGCUGGAGCUCAGGCCAGGCUGAAGGACCUGGAAGCUCAGCUGAACUCUAAAGAUGCCAUGCUGGCUACCGCUCUAUCUGAGAAGAGAGGCCUGGAGGCCACACUGGCCGACCUGCAAGAGCAGCUGCAGGAGCUGGAUACAGGUCUUGCUCAGGCCAAGAAGCACCUUGCUGAUGAGAUGCUCCUGCGUAUAGACUUGGAGAACCGCUGCCAGAGUCUGACCGAGGAGAUGGACUUCCGUAAGAGCAUGCACGAGGAGGAGGUGAAGGAGGCUCGGCAGCGGUACGAGACCCGACUGGUGGAGGUAGACUCCGGACGAAAGGAGGAGUAUGAGUAUAAACUGACCGAGGCGCUGACUGACAUGAGGGCUCAGAAUGAAGAGCAGAUCAAGAUCUACAAAGAGAACCUGGAGAGCACCUACCUGACUAAAAUGGAGGACCUGCGCCGCUUGUCUGAGAUGAACGGAGCAUCAGCCAACAUGUCCCGAGAGGAGCUCAGGGAGUCGAGCCUGAGGAUCGAGACCCUCAGUGUGCAGCUGGCAGGACUGCAGAAGGAGUCUCGUGGGUGGCGUGAUCGUAUAAUGGAGCUGGAGAGCGCAUUGGCUAAGGAGAAAGACACGAGCCGCAAGCUGCUGGCAGACAAAGACCGCGAGGUGGCUGAGAUCCAGGCCAAGAUGCAGCAACAGCUGAACGAGUAUGAACAGCUGCUGGAUGUCAAACUGGCUCUGGACAUGGAGAUAAACGCCUAUCGCAAACUUCUGGAGGGAGAAGAGGAAAGACUGAAGCUCUCUCCCAGUCCUUCAUCCCGUGUCACGGUGUCUCGAGCCUCGUCCAGCAGCCGCAGUGUGCGGACCACUCAGGGAAAGAGAAAGCGCAUUGAUGUGGAGGAACAGGAAGCCAGCAGCUCGGUGUCAAUCGCUCACUCUGCCUCAGCCACAGGACCCAUCUGCAUCGACGAGAUCGACACCGAUGGCAAGUUCAUCUGCCUCCACAACAGCGGAGACGAGGACCAGGCCAUGGUGGGUUACGAAAUGGUUAAGACGAUCGGAAAUGAUGCAGCCACCUACAAGUUCACACCCAAAUAUGUCCUGAAGGCUGGCCACAAAGUCACGGUUUGGGCGUCUGAUGCUGGCGUGAGCUCCAGACCUCCCACAGACCUCGUGUGGAAGAACCAGUCCUCCUGGGGUUCAGGGGAGGACGUGGACGUGGUGCUGAUCAACGCUCAGGGAGAGGAGGUGGCAAAGAGAACCACAACAUACAAGACAGCAGUAGAAGAGCAGGGUGAGGAAGAUGAUGACAGCGGAGUGGAGGCCACUGAGGAAGACCCCUUCCACCAGCAGGGAGACCCUCGCACUGGAAAGAGAGGCUGCUCCAUCAUGUGAUCCCAACCAGCACCUCCUCCUCUGAGCCCAGCCACUCUGCUGCCAACUGUAUUUCUACAACUAUUUUUCUAUCUUUUGUAGUGUAUUUCAACAAAAUGUAUAAAUUUAAUUUUAUCUUUUUAUUUCUCAGAAACAUGCAACAAACUGACUUUUUGUAGAAAAACCAAAGUAACUUGGUUAUUGAACAAAACUUGUAGUUCAGGAAAAAAAAUGGAACGAGCAGCUAAACUCAAGGACGGGCUGUGUCUUUAAGAAAACAGUGUUUUUAAAUAGAUUUUAAUUUUGUUAUUUUAUAUUUGAUCUUAUUCUUGUUGUUAAUGUUAUUACAUUUAGGCUUUACGUUAGCAGAAAAGCCACAGGGUGUCAGUGAUUAGUUUAGGUCAUUAGAUUGUUUUUCAAUUUGCAUAAAUCAACUGUAUGAUGUUCAAAUGAGGACACUAAAACUCCAACAGUCUGAAGCUCGACUGGCCAAAUGUUCAGCAGCAUUCUUCUGUUAUCUUUAGAAAGAAACCAUGACUGAUUGUAUGAUUAAGAUACAGAGUUAUCUUAAAGCCCCU